GGGGAAGACGACGAAGAGGAAGGGAAAGGAAGGAGAUGGCGAGGAAGACGAUGUGGAGCGAAGAAGAAGAAGAAGUAGAAUGCCGAAACCGGAAACACGAACUUGACGACGACGGUGGGGGUUUGGCACACACAUAGAGAGCCUUGCUUAUCUCGCCAGCCUGGAGUACAUUCCAUUGCUUCAGUCGGAAACUCCCAAACGCCCCCAAUUUCACUGAGGUCGCACCGGAGACGGCCAUACGGUCACUUCCGUUGCUGAGUUAGGGUCAAGGGAUCAGCGGGAGAGCUCCGAGAAGGGGAGAGUGGGUGGAGCGGGAGCGGUUGGUCGUAUUUUGGCCAAACCCACAGCGGGGGAGCUAGCGAGGAAAAGCGUGUAUUAAAAAAUCACCAUCCUUUGAAGCCAGCAUUGCGGACAACAUAUGUAGUUGUGCAGGCUGUCAAAAGAAGUAGUUUUUGGGUUUUGGAACUUUGAUCACGGUCGUUUGCUGGGUGAAAGAGUGAAGGGAGAGGAGAUGGUGUGAGAGUUAGUGUUAUCAAUAUUCAAACUGUACUUGCUUAUUGUAAUUACCUCGGAGGGGACCAAGUAGAGUUGGAUUGAAAGACCUCUUUACGGGUGAUAGGACAACCUGGUCGUGAUUUUCAACAAGCGGAAGGUAUACAUAGGCAAGCGUGUUGGAGUUUUCCACAUCGUGCACAUUUGUUGGGUAGGGGUUAUAGUUUUAAGAAGAGGCGAAUUUGAAGACGGAGAAAAAAGGCAACAUGGACGGAGAAUUCUGGACUGCUCGGAUGUCAACUUCAAAGCGCCAUCAUACAUUUCAGUCCCCUCAAUCUCUUAUCGAUCGUCAAAUUAACCUAGAUGAUGUGGAUGGUGAUGAGGAGCUGCGGGCUGAGUUUUCGUGCCCUUUCUGUUAUGAAGAGUUCGACAUUUCUGCUCUCUGCUCACAUCUCGAGGAUGAACAUUGUUUUGAAUCUAGGGCUGCUAUGUGUCCAGUAUGUGCUGCAAAAAUAUCGAAGGACAUGGUGGGCCACAUUUCGUCGCAGCAUAUUCACCUAUCUAAGAUGCAGCGCCGAAGGAGGUUCAGGAGAGCUGGAGUUCCAUCUAGUUCUACCUUCUCAUUUCUUGGUAAGGAGCUCUGCGACGCGCACUUGCAGGCUCUUCUAGGUGGUACAUCUCGGUCAUCUGGCAUAUCAAACGCUGCCGACCCACUUCUCUCAUCGUUGGUGUACAACGUUCCCAUACCAGAGACUGAAGAUCCUCCAAAACCCACUGCUGUGACGGAGGAACAACCAACGAAGUUUUCUCUGAGCCAGCAAUCGAAAUCCAGUGUGGAGAAUUUGCUUACUGCGGAGGAGCGAGAGGAGAAGCUAAAGCAUGCUAACAUGCGCGCUGAGUUUGUACAACAACUUGUUCUAUCAACACUUUUGGGUGACAACUGAGGAGCUAUCUAUUGUGCAUUCAAUCACUGCCACACGAUCAUUUCUAGCAAGAUUCGGACGAAGAACUGCAUUGCAUGGCUUUGCUGCCUUCCCGUCUAGACCAUUUCUCCGGUGCUGAGAAGCAUCCCGUAUGAGCAUCCUUUGCCAGGAGACCGUAAUGCAUUAUCAUAAGGCUUGUAUAGGGUAUCAGAAUGCUUAGAUUACCACGAGGCGAAAAUCUGGCAUGGCAGCUCAAGGAUGCAGAUUAUUGGAGUCCUGUAUGCAGCAAAUUCUUGCUGUGCUCUUGUAGGGUCCAAAUAAUGGGGCCUGGAUUGUAGUAUUGUAUAGAAUAUUAAGGCCGUAUUAAUGCCUAUUUUCAGGCAAUUAAAGUGCAGUUACUCGUAUC